UAAUAAGAUUUCAAAAGUUCAUCAUUGGAUCUUUGAUGCCGUCGUCUGUAUGACUAAUUAAACUACAAUAUAUCAGCAUCAACUGUAGGCACCAAGCAAGUUUGCUUAUGAGCGCACACAGAUUUGCAGCAAAAGCUAUCAGUUUUGAUCAUAUUGCAAUAAUGAAACUUAUUUGCACGAGCAAACAGUCGAGAUGCAGCCUUCAACCCCAAUCUACCCAAAAUCAUAAUGAUUUUCAGGGCAGUUAGUGUCACUUCUAGGAAAUUAUAGGACUGUUGUUAUCAAACAACCACAUCUCAAUCAAGAUAUUCUGAGCGAGCGGUAAUCUGCCAAUAAAUGGCGCUUAGCUUACAAUGCAAAAAGGAUGUUACAUAGCAAGGGCCUGCCUUUUGGAGAGCGUAUAUAUAUACACAGCAUACAGCUGAGAGAGGAUCAGGUAUAGCUCUGGCCUUCAGACCACUAAUCUUUUGAGAAAUCCAAGCAAACAGACAAAAUGAUGAAGACACUUCUGCUGCUCGUCUGCACUGUAUUCGUCUCGGGUUUUACGUUGAAAGGCACGGAUGCAAUACAUAAGACUGUAUUAAAGGAGCUUGUUACUGAACUGGAAGCUGUGUUAGUCAAUCCCCCAAAAGAGACAAAGGCAAAAGAAGAAAUCUUCCUAGUAGAUCUGGAGAAAAAAGGAAGUGGCAUGAAGUGUGAGCAUGAUUAUUUCUGUCAGGCUGAGGAGGAGAUGGUGAAAAAGGUUUCAGGCCUGUCUGGUGUCAAAUUUGACCCUUUCCGUACCGACAAGAAACUUAUGAGGAACUUAAACACUUACAACCACCAAGACGGGAAAAACUGCAAAAAAGAGAUCAGGAGUCACUCUGCUGAUGAAGACCAAGAGGAAAUCACUCUGGAUGUUUUCUUGAAAGAUCUCUUGAAGUGUGUCAAGCAUGUAAAUAGCCAAAAAAGCCCAAGGCCAAGUUAAUUUAUGAAGGAUCAUAUUUAUUUUUGCCUUUAUCUUAAAAUGUUCUACCUGAAGACAAUUUAACAGAUAUAUUUUAUUCUUAAAUAUUGUCUGCUAUUUUUAACUUAUAUUUUUUGGCCUUUUAUGCCUUAAUUUGUAAAAAAAAAUCAAGGAUAGAAAGUGGUUGUGAUGUGUGUAAGUGUUAAGGCUAUCUCUGCUGUAAGGUCUGGUGGUUUUGUGGGGGGCGGGGGGGUUUAUGUUUUUUAUUAUAAUUAUGUUGUGAACUACAGAUUGUCUGUGAGAACUUGUAAUUUGUGAUCUGCUACUUGCUGUAAGUCAAAUAAAU